GGGGGGGUGGUCGGGGCGGGGAUGGACCGGGCGCGGCGGCCGGAGCGGCAGGAGCCGGCGCUGGAGCCCGAGCCGCGGCGCUGGCGGAGACGCCGGCUGUCCGUCGCCUCCCCACCGCUUUUCCUAAAAGGACAACUGUGCCCCCUGGAUGUGCUUGAGGACGAGCAGUGAAGGUAGGCAUGAAGCCUCCAUCUCACAGCUGCAUGCAUAGUCACUGUUGAAGCAAAUGCCUACCUAAUUUGACAGUCUCGGUGUGUUUAAAAUUUUUUGAGUUUGCAAAUAAGCUUAUUAAGCUUACUGAUGGAGCCUUCCGGCAGUGAACAGUUAUAUGAGGACCCUGAUCCUGGAGGCAAAUCCCAAGAUGCAGAAGCCAGGAGGCAGACAGAAUCAGAACAAAAGUUAUCUAAAAUGACCCACAAUGCUCUGGAGAACAUUAAUGUGAUUGGCCAAGGCUUGAAGCAUCUGUUCCAGCACCAGCGCAGGAGGUCAUCAGUGUCUCCACACGAUGUGCAGCAGAUUCAGACAGAUCCAGAGCCUGAAGUGGAUCUGGACAGCCAGAACACAUGUGCUGAGAUUGAUGGUGUCUCCACCCACCCCACAGCUCUGAAUCGUGUUCUGCAACAAAUCCGAGUGCCACCCAAGAUGAAGAGAGGAACAAGCUUGCAUAGUAGGCGGGGCAAGUCAGAAGCCCCAAAGGGAAGUCCCCAAAUCAACAGGAAAUCUGGCCAGGAGGUGGCUGCUGUUAUACAGUCAGGUCGGCCCAGGUCUUCAUCUACAACUGAUGCUCCUACCAGCUCUUCUGUGAUGGAAAUAGCUUGUGCUGCUGCUGCUGCUGCUGCUGCGUGUGUACCCGGAGAGGAGUCAGCUGCAGAACGGAUCGAGCGUUUGGAAGUAAGCAGCCUCGCCCAGACUUCCAGUGCCGUGGCCUCCAGCACCGAUGGCAGCAUCCACCCAGAGUCUGUGGAUGGAAUACCAGACCCUCAGCGCACAAAAGCUGCCAUCGCACACUUGCAGCAGAAGAUCCUAAAGCUCACAGAACAGAUCAAGAUUGCGCAGACAGCCCGAGACGACAACGUUGCUGAAUACUUGAAGCUUGCCAACAGUGCGGACAAGCAGCAGGCUGCUCGCAUCAAACAGGUGUUUGAGAAGAAAAACCAGAAAUCUGCACAAACCAUCCUCCAGCUGCAGAAGAAACUUGAGCAUUACCACCGCAAGCUCCGUGAGGUGGAACAGAAUGGGAUCCCCCGGCAGCCCAAGGAUGUCUUCAGGGACAUGCACCAGGGUCUGAAGGAUGUGGGUGCAAAGGUGACUGGCUUCAGUGAAGGUGUGGUGGACAGUGUCAAAGGUGGAUUUUCCAGCUUCUCUCAGGCUACCCAUUCAGCAGCAGGGGCUGUGGUCUCCAAGCCCAGAGAGAUUGCCUCACUGAUUCGGAACAAAUUUGGCAGUGCAGACAACAUCCCUAAUCUGAAGGACUCAUUAGAGGAAGGACAAGUGGAUGAUGCAGGAAAGGCUUUAGGAGUGAUUUCGAACUUUCAGUCAAGUCCAAAAUAUGGUAGUGAGGAAGAUUGUUCUAGUGCCACUUCAGGCUCAGUAGGAGCCAACAGUACCACCGGGGGCAUUGCUGUAGGAGCAUCAAGCUCCAAAACAAACACCCUAGACAUGCAGAGCUCAGGGUUUGAUGCACUACUGCAUGAGAUCCAGGAGAUCCGGGAAACCCAGGCCAGACUGGAGGAAUCCUUCGAAACCCUCAAGGAGCAUUAUCAGAGGGACUACUCCUUAAUAAUGCAGACCUUACAGGAAGAGCGGUAUAGAUGUGAACGACUAGAAGAGCAACUGAACGACCUGACAGAGCUCCACCAGAACGAGAUCCUGAACUUAAAGCAAGAGUUGGCCAGCAUGGAAGAGAAAAUUGCCUAUCAGUCCUAUGAACGGGCCCGGGACAUCCAGGAGGCCCUGGAGGCCUGUCAGACUCGCAUCUCCAAGAUGGAGCUGCAGCAGCAACAGCAGCAGGUGGUGCAGCUGGAAGGGCUGGAGAAUGCCACGGCUCGAAACCUUCUGGGCAAACUCAUCAACAUCCUCCUGGCCGUCAUGGCAGUCCUCCUGGUCUUUGUGUCCACAGUAGCCAACUGUGUGGUUCCUCUCAUGAAGACACGCAACAGGACGUUCAGCACUUUAUUCCUGGUGGCUUUCAUUGCCUUUCUCUGGAAGCACUGGGACGCCCUCUUCAGCUAUGUGGACCGGCUCUUCUCAACCCCCAGAUGAUGCUGGCGCAGAAAGCAGUGCUCCUCACCAUCUGGCGAGUGCAUGCCAAGAGAGCUAGACAGCAGCAUUACCCACUCUGAGGUUUUCUACAAGAGAGUUGAGUGAAUCUGUUUACAUUUAGAAUAAUGUUUUUUUCUUCAAGAGACGCAAUUGCAAUAGUAUUUUUUAGAUUUUAUCCAAGAAGUUUUUUGGGCAAAAUCUUGGAUCAUUUUUAUGUAGCAUGAUUUUCCUUGGGAUGCAAAUCUGAAACAGUCCCUUAACAUGAACCAACAAUCUGUAACACACUGAAGGGCAUUCUGAAUUGAGGCUUGGAGGGCUGCACUAAACCCCCUAAACAGAUGCAAAACCUGACCAGGCCCAACACCUGCCCUGCUUGGGCUCCUCUCCUCAUCUAGACUGACUCUACUGUGAAGUCCCACCACAUUCCAGGUUGGAAAUUUAGAUUCAGGGUGGAUUUUCCACCAUGGAAGAACACGGGCAUCUCCCAGGCUUUCUCACGCUAACCCUGAAGUAUGAUGACUUCUGAACCUGCGCCUUCCUUAACUCUGCCGGGAUUGGAAGCAAGAGCAUCAAGCCCACAGGAUGACUGUGCAGUCCUGUUCAGUAUUGUGAAGUAGCCCUUAAUCCUAACUUUAAGCAAAAUCCCUUGGCCGCACUUUGAAGGUUUGUUUUUUUUUUUAUAUAUGUGUAUAGUUACCAACUUAAAAAUAAAAAAUCCGAACAACAUACUUGAAGAAUGUAAUACUCAAACUCUCAGUGCUUCCUUAUAAUUUCUAAUAGGAUUUUUUAUUAUUGUUAUUAUUAUUGGGGUAUUUUUGUUUGAUUGGUUUUUGGUUUUUUUGUUUGUUUGCAGGGUGGGGGGUUGUUACUGGGUUGGGAGGGUCUUUUAUUUUUUCCUUUGAAAUAAAGCAGUGAUGUUUUCGAAUGAAGCCGUGUGGAUAUUUCAGCGUGCUGCCCUGUUGUCUUGAAACAGUUGAGUUGGAGUCUGCUGCCAGCGCUGCCCUCUGCCACCCUGUGGCUGCCCUGGCUCUCUGGUGUCUACUACACAUACAGCACCAUCUCCCCGGCUUGGCUUGGUUACAGUGGUGAGGGGUUUGCAGAGUGAGGGGGUGCAAUCUCAGCAGAAUAGUGUGGUAGGACGGGAUUUUGUCAUUCCCCCCCCCCCAAGUAAAUGUUCACUUAGUGACCUUGGGCUGGGAUUCUCUUUAGGAAAAAAAAAAAUGCUACUAUGUUAUGAGAGUCAUAAAUAACUCCCUGUGUUUGCUUAAUUUAUUGUUUAACACCCCUAAUUACCGAAACCAAAGUGAUGUGGAGUCUUGUCUGCAUUUUGGCCUCAGCAUCCUUAACUUCAAAGCUUUAUUGUGUCUGCCUGAGAGAAUCAAUUGAAGGUGAUUCUCCCAAAAAGCAGAAAAGGAAAUGUCAGGUUACAAGGACCCAAGUUCUGGGUGCAAACUGUUGUAAGCUUCCUAUUAACCCAGACUGACUCACUAACUGCUCAGUGGCUCUUUAGAGACACUUUAGGAAGAGGAGCUGAGCUUUGCCCCAUCCCUCAGCCAGUUCCCUGACCCAGGUGGAACCCGAAUCAACCUUCAGAGCAAAAUAGCCUGAUUAAUCUCAUAUUAUUGGAGGUCACAAAUGCCAUGUCCAGUGGCCUCUUCCUGUUUGCCCACAUGAUGCAAAGGAGUCGUGUACUGUGCCAUGGACAGAGAAGCCAAGUGUGCUUUUGCCUAUGUCCCCACACCAGGAUCUUCUUUCAGAACUAGGGUAGCAAAGCCCUGUCUGUUGGAAAGCAUGGUUUACAUAACAGUUCCAGCCUCCUUUUGCUUUGGCCAAUUGGCCUUCUCACUUUGAUAUUUUAACUCAGGUACCCAGUCUUCACUCCAUCCCCAGAUGGUUGUUAUUCACCUCAUAAUGAGCACCUAGAGCAGGGGCAAAAAAAAAAAAAAAAAAAAAAA